AUGGCCUCAGCCUGGUCUGAAGAGGAGACCUUUGUCUGCUCAGUGUGCCUGGACACCCUGAAGGACCCGGCCACGCUUCCCUGUGGACAUUCAUACUGCUUGGUUUGUAUCCAGAACCACUGGGACAAGAAGGACAGCAAAGGUCAGUGCAGUUGCCCCCAGUGCAGGCAGGUCUUCAACCCUCGACCCUCCCUGGCCAAGAGCACUGUCCUCGCGGAGUGUAUAGAGAAACUGAGAACCAACAGCCUCAAGCAUAGCCCCUCCACGGCCGUCUCCUCUGCCCCGCCGUCCAUGCCUAUCUACCUGGAGGUCCUACCAGCGAGAGGGACGCGACAGGGCAGCAUGUACCCUCGGCUCCCCACGGUGGACCCCAGGCCCUGCCAACAACACAACCGACCCCUGGACCUGUUCUGCUACGAGGACAAGGAGUGCGUCUGUGAGGUGUGUUGCCAGCAUGGACACAAGGGACACCGUGUGCUCAAACCACAGGAAGAGAGGAGGGAGAGACAGAAAGAGCUGGCUCAGAUGCAGGUGGAUUUACAGAAGAGAAUCCAAGCGACUGAAAAGAGGCUUGUGGAGCUCCCACAUGUCGCUCGCCAGCACAAGGCCUUGGUGCAGGCCCUGAAACAAGAGAGCACGGACGUCUUCUCGGAGCUCGUCAAGAACGUGGAUCUAACCGGCGUCCAGGUCGCUGAGGUCCUCGACAACCAUGAGACCUACUUAGGCAGCCGGGUCGAGGGGCAGAUCCACAGACUGGAGCAGGAUGUGGCACCGCUGCGCUGGAAGAGCGAGGAGCUGAGCCGGCUGGCCGACAUGAAGGAUGACAUCUGCUUCUUGAAGAACUACCUCAUAAUGGAGCCGCCGGGUCAGACGGGUGCCACAGGAGAUUCCAUACUGAGUCAGGAGGAAGCGGUGGUGGCCUCCGUCCGCUCGGCCUUGAAAGACCUGCAAGAGUCAAUGCAGGACCUCUGCAAAGCCAGCCUGGCCAAGAUCGCCACAUUAGUGAAUCCUGAUCCUGGGGCGUCAACACCCAUUGGUGCAGCAGCCACUACAGCAGCUAAUGACAGAAGUCAGGCCAUAACACCAAACACAGGGCGUGAUAAUUCAACAAAACAUCCUGCAUAUCUUCAAGCUUCAGCACCAGCUCCACCCGUUCCUCCUCGUCAACCUACAACACCUCCUGUAACAACAGAAGGACAUGUAAAUCCGGAAUCGAUGACGAGAGAAGAAAUGCUGAAAUUUCGCUUCGAACCCACCAUGGACGCCAACACGGUGUAUCGCCACGUGCAGCUGUCAGACGGCGGUCAUAAGGCCACGAUGCGGGCCGACAACCAGAACCUACCGGACCAUCCCGAGCGAUUUGUCUUCUGGAGGCAGGUUCUCUGCAGAGAGGCCCUGGCAGGGAGCCCUUACUACUUGGAGGUGGAGUGGACCGGCAAGAAGGUCACCAUCGGCGUGGCCUACAAGGAGAUGGAACGUAAAAGUUCUGACGACAACAGUCGUCUGGGCCACAACGCUCAGUCUUGGAGCUUGUACUGGUCUGGGACCGGCUUCUCCUUCUGGCACGAUGGCCAGGAGAAACAGCUGGGCUCGCCCAAGGCCCGGCGGAUCGGCAUCUAUCUGGACCAGCACACGGGGAUUCUGGCCUUUUACCGCAUCAUCCAGAACCAGGCGGAUCUCAUCCACCAGCACCGGAGCCAGUUCACAGGCCCACUGUUCCCAGGGUUCAGGUUCUGGGCCGGAAUCGGUUCUACAGUGACUGUUUGCCAAUUGGAUUGAGUUGCAUAUGAAUG